CCGUCGUCAACACACAACUGAGGAAGUCCCAAGAAGCUAACGAAAACUAACUGCUGCGGCUAAUAUAGCGCCUCCUAACUGCUUUAAGUUAGUUAGCGGUUGAGUUUGUUGUUAUAUUUAGAGCCAGUUGCUGCUUUUGUUCAGGUUUCGGUUGAUAUGGAGUGAGACGGGACAAUGUUUAGGGGCAGUAGCCGUUGGUUGCUAACUCGUAAGCUAGCAGGCUAACGAUCAGCUGUUGUUUUGGUCGGAGAGAUAGCUGGCUAACAAGUCAAACUGCAUAGCGUUAACAGACUUUCAAAACACGUUUCCUCAUUUUUCUGUCCGAGUAUUGAGCUACCGCUUCGGUUAAUGGCGACCCGUAAAGGCGGACCACCCUGACAGACUAAUCAGCGGUCGGUCGGUCAGCUGUUGUCCCGGCAGGCGUCACCUCCGUGCGGGAUCGAUCCUUCAGAGCGGGCUGCAAAUCAACCAAAAAUCCUGCUUCAAGAUGCACGACGCGUAUGAACCAGUGCCUAUUUUGGAGAAGCUUCCUCUUCAGAUUGACUGCUUGGCGGCCUGGGAGGACUGGCUGCUAGUGGGGACGAAGCCAGGACAUCUUCUUCUGUACAGGAUAAAGAAGGAUGCAGGCACCAACCGGUUCGAGGUGACUCUGGAAAAAUCCAAUAAGAACUUCUCAAAGAAGAUUCAGCAGCUUUACGUUGUCUCACAGUACAAAAUACUUGUCAGCCUUCUUGAGAACAACAUCCACGUCCAUGACCUCCUGACCUUCCAGCAGAUCACUGUGGUGUCCAAAGCCAAAGGGGCCACGCUCUUCGCCUGUGACCUGCAGCAAACCAGCUCAGGAGAGGAAAGGUUGAGAAUGUGUGUGGCAGUGAAGAAGAAACUCCAGCUCUAUUACUGGAAGGACAGAGAGUUUCACGAGCUGCAGGGGGAUUUUGGUGCACCAGAUAUUCCAAAGUCCAUGGCUUGGUGUGAAAACUCCAUAUGUGUUGGUUUCAAACGGGACUAUUACCUCAUUCGGAUGGAUGGCCGUGGCUCCAUCAAGGAGCUCUUCCCCACUGGGAAACAGCUGGAGCCUCUGGUUGCCCCGCUGGCUGAUGGGAAGGUGGCUGUUGGCCAGGAUGAUCUAACUGUAGUGCUAAACGAAGAGGGCGUUUGCACCCAGAAGUGUGCCCUGAACUGGACAGACAUCCCUAUAGCAAUGGAGCACCAGCCUCCAUACAUCAUAGCUGUUCUCCCUCGGUACGUGGAGAUCCGGACGUUUGAGCCGAGGUUACUGGUGCAGAGCGUGGAGCUGCAGAGACCUCGCUUCAUCACCUCGGCAGGGCAAAAUAUUGUGUAUGUUGCCAGCAACCACUUUGUGUGGCGCCUGGUGCCUGUGUCAAUAGCCAGCCAGAUCCGGCAGCUUCUUCAGGACAAGCAGUUUGAGCUGGCACUUCAGCUGGCGAAGAUGAAGGAUGAUUCAGAUGGUGAUAAGAAGCAGCAGAUACACCACAUCCAGAAUCUCUAUGCCUUCAAUCUGUUCUGUCAGAAGAGAUUUGACGACUCCAUGCAGGUGUUCGCCAAACUCGGCACAGAUCCCACCCAUGUGAUUGGACUGUACCCAGACCUGCUCCCUUCAGACUACCGCAAGCAGCUGCAUUAUCCCAACCCUCUGCCUACUCUGUCCGGGGCAGAGCUGGAGAAGGCUCAUCUGGCGCUCAUCGAUUACCUCACCCAGAAACGAAGCCAUCUGGUGAAACAGCUGAAUGACUCUGACCCUUCUACAACGUCUCCACUCAUGGAGGGCACGCCUACGAUUAAGAGCCGCAAAAAACUGCUUCAGAUCAUCGAUACCACCCUGCUGAAAUGUUACCUGCACACCAACGUAGCCCUGGUGUCCCCCCUUCUUCGCCUGGAAAACAACCACUGCCACAUCGAGGAGAGCGAGUACGUCCUGAAGAAGGCCCACAAGUACAGCGAGCUCAUUAUUCUCUAUGAAAAGAAGGGCCUCCACCAGAAAGCCCUGCAGGUGCUGCUGGACCAGUCCACCAAAGCCAACUCUCCGCUGAAAGGCCACGAGCGAACAGUGCAGUACCUCCAGAGACUGGGAGUGGAGAAUUUGGGGAUAAUCUUUGAGUUUUCUCCUUGGGUGUUGAAGAUCUGUCCUGAGGAUGGCCUGAAGAUCUUCACUGAGGACCUGACAGAGGUGGAAACUUUGCCUAGAGACAAGGUGCUGAACUUCCUGAAGGAGGGCUUUAAGGAGCUCGCCAUCCCAUAUUUGGAGCACAUCAUUUACGUGUGGGACGACAAGGGCGCGGAGUUUCACAAUGUGCUGAUCCAGCUGUACCUGGAGAGGGUUCAAGGCCUCAUGAAACAGUACCUCAACUCACUGCCGGAAGGAGUUCCUGCUGUUCCUGCGGGGAAGGAGGAAGGCGAUCUGGGAGAGUUCAGGAACAAACUGCUGUCUUUCUUGGAUAUUUCUACCAGCUAUGAACCAGCCAGACUCAUCAGUGACUUUCCUUUUGAUGGCCUGCUGGAGGAACGGGCUCUGCUCCUGGGUCGGAUGGGUAAACACGAGCAGGCGCUCUUCAUCUAUGUGCACAUCCUGAAAGACACACGCAUGGCUGAAGAGUACUGUCACAGCCACUACAACAGUUUAGUCGAAGGGAAUAAAGAUGUGUAUCUGUCUUUGUUGCGGAUGUACCUGUCACCUCCGGACGUUCACUGCCUGGGGCCCAUCAAGAUGGAGCUGUCAGAGCCUCAGGCCAACCUGCAGGCGGCCCUGUACGUCCUCGAGCUGCACCACAGCAAACUCAACACCACCAAGGCCAUCAAUCUGCUCCCAGCAAACACCCAGAUCCGAGAGAUCCGGGUCUUUCUGGAGAGCGUCCUGGAGGAGAGGGCUCAGAGGAAACGCUGCAACCAGGUGCUGAAGAGUCUGCUGCAGGCCGAGUUCCUCAGGGUGCAGGAGGAGCGAAUCUUCCACCAGCAGGUCAAAUGUGUCAUUACAGAAGAAAAAACCUGCAGAGUCUGCAAGAAGAAAAUAGGAAACAGUGCGUUUGCCAGGUAUCCCAACGGCGUGGUGGUGCAUUACUUCUGCUGCAAAGACCGCACCGUGUGUCCCCACUGAGCAGUAACGGCUCCACCUGACGACCACCGUUUCCUAAUAAACAACCCCCCCUCCCUGACCCGCUCUGUGGAUUUCAAUGCUCAGACAUCUUUGAAGUGGAAAUGCAUCAGAAGGAUGGAGAGUGAAUAACCAGGUUAUGGAUGCUUCUCUCCGACGCACCAAACAGGACUUUCUUAACCUGAGUUAACCUCGGGCGCAGUCCCGCUCGACCCACUGAGCAGAAAAAGACUUUCUUUCUCCCCGUGCAUGAAGAAACAGGAGGAAUGUCCGGGGUCGCUCAGCAGGACGGGAGAAAUAAAGAGAAAGAUGGAGUCGGAUGUUUGAACAGCAUGUGUCACUGUAACGCUAGAGGGGAUCCGCUCCCCUUCACGUCGCCUCGGGAGAAAACGGGCAGUAUUGACAGGCGCCCGGAGGAAGAGGAGCUUUAACAACAGAAGUUAGUUCUCACCAGGAGAUGAUUACAAGCCUUGGUCAGCAGUUUUUUGUUUCUCCCUCACUGUCUCAACCCUCCUGUAACACUGUGUGCGGUUCAAACGCUGCUUGAUACGCCAUAAUACGCUCUGCAGGAGUGCAGUUUAAAUGCCUUUUGUGAUUCUGAAGAUUGUACUUACAGUGAAGUCAGAUGUCUGUCAGGAUUUUUUUUUAAUAAGCAUGUGCCGGUACUGACUGAGUAACACAGCAAUCGUCUUAAAGUGUUUGUAUUUAAUUUAAACAUUCGAGGCGGUUUCUCCAGCGAACAUUAUUCACAGUUAUUUACCGUCUUUACAGUGUGUGAAUGAUUUCUACCAGACAAAAAUCUUUAUGUAAUGCAUUUUUUUCUCUAAGUUCUGUCUUUGUUUGCUUUUUCUUUCCCCCAGACAUUAAAAAGUUUAUGAAGG